UCGCCGCGGACCCAAGAUGGCGGCGUGUGGACGUGUACGGAGGAUGUUCCGCUUGUCGGCGGCGCUGCAGCUGCUGCUGCUCGCGGCGGCCGGGGCCCAGAAACUCCUGGGCCAGGGCGGCCACAGCCAGGGCCAGGGCCCGGGGGCCAACUUUGCGUCCUUUGUAGGGCAGACUGGAGGCGGCGGGCCGGCGGGUCAGCCGCUGCUCCAGCUGCCUCAGGCAUCUCAGCUCCAGCAGCAGCAGCAGCAGCCACAGCAACCGCCUCAGCCGCCGCAGCCGCCUUUCCCGGCGGGUGGGCCUCCGGCCCGGCGGGGCGGAGUGGGGCCCGGCGGGGCUGGAGGGGGCUGGAAGCUGGCGGAGGAGGAGUCCUGCAGGGAGGACGUGACCCGUGUGUGUCCCAAGCACACCUGGAGCAACAACCUGGCGGUGCUCGAGUGCCUGCAGGACGUGAGGGAGCCUGAAAAUGAGAUUUCUUCAGACUGCAAUCAUUUGUUGUGGAAUUACAAGCUGAAUCUAACUACAGACCCCAAAUUUGAAUCUGUGGCCAGAGAGGUUUGCAAAUCUACCAUAUCAGAGAUUAAAGAAUGUGCUGAUGAACCAGUUGGGAAAGGUUACUUGGUUUCCUGCUUGGUGGAUCACCGAGGCAACAUCACUGAGUACCAGUGUCACCAGUAUAUCACCAAGAUGACGGCCAUCAUUUUCAGUGAUUACCGUCUAAUCUGUGGCUUCAUGGAUGACUGCAAAAAUGACAUCAACAUUCUGAAAUGUGGCAGCAUUCGGCUUGGAGAAAAGGAUGCACAUUCACAAGGUGAGGUGGUAUCAUGUUUGGAAAAGGGCCUGGUGAAGGAAGCAGAAGAGAGAGAUCCCAAGAUUCAAGUCUCUGAACUCUGCAAGAAAGCCAUUCUGCGGGUGGCUGAGCUGUCCUCGGAUGACUUUCAUCUAGACCGGCAUUUAUAUUUUGCUUGCCGAGAUGACCGGGAGCGUUUUUGUGAAAACACACAAGCUGGGGAAGGCAGAGUGUAUAAAUGCCUCUUUAACCAUAAGUUUGAAGAAUCCAUGAGUGAGAAGUGUCGAGAAGCACUGACGACCCGCCAAAAGCUGAUUGCCCAGGAUUAUAAAGUCAGUUAUUCAUUGGCCAAAUCCUGUAAGAGUGACCUGAAGAAAUACCGGUGUAACGUGGAAAACCUUCCGCGGUCCCGGGAAGCCAGGCUCUCCUACCUUCUCAUGUGUCUGGAGUCAGCUGUGCAUAGAGGGCGCCAAGUGAGCAGUGAGUGCCAGGGGGAGAUGUUAGAUUAUCGGCGCAUGUUGAUGGAAGACUUUUCUUUGAGCCCUGAGAUCAUCCUGAGCUGUCGGGGGGAGAUUGAACACCACUGUUCUGGACUACAUCGAAAAGGGCGAACUCUGCAUUGUCUAAUGAAAGUAGUUCGUGGGGAAAAAGGGAACCUCGGAAUGAACUGCCAGCAGGCGCUGCAAACACUGAUUCAGGAGACUGACCCUGGUGCAGAUUACCGCAUUGAUAGAGCUCUGAAUGAAGCUUGUGAAUCUGUAAUACAGACAGCCUGCAAACACAUAAGAUCGGGAGACCCAAUGAUCCUCUCGUGCUUGAUGGAACACUUAUACACAGAGAAAAUGGUGGAAGAUUGUGAGCACCGUCUAUUAGAACUGCAGUAUUUCAUCUCUCGAGAUUGGAAGCUGGACCCUGUCUUAUACCGCAAGUGCCAGGGAGAUGCAUCUCGUCUUUGCCACACCCAUGGUUGGAAUGAAACCAGUGAACUUAUGCCUCCUGGAGCUGUGUUCUCUUGCUUGUAUAGACACGCCUACCGCACUGAGGAACAGGGCAGGAGGCUGUCUCGGGAGUGCCGAGCUGAAGUUCAAAGGAUCCUACACCAACGUGCCAUGGAUGUUAAGCUAGAUCCUGCCCUCCAGGAUAAGUGCCUGAUUGAUUUGGGAAAAUGGUGCAGUGAAAAAACAGAGACCGGACAGGAGCUUGAGUGCCUCCAGGACCACCUUGACGACCUGGCUGUAGAGUGCAGAGAUAUAGUCGGCAACCUCACCGAGUUAGAAUCCGAGGACAUUCAAAUAGAAGCUUUGCUGAUGAGAGCCUGUGAGCCCAUAAUUCAGAACUUUUGCCAUGAUGUGGCAGAUAACCAGAUUGACUCUGGGGACCUGAUGGAGUGUCUUAUUCAGAACAAACACCAGAAGGAUAUGAAUGAGAAGUGUGCCAUUGGAGUCACCCACUUCCAGCUGGUGCAGAUGAAGGAUUUUCGUUUCUCUUACAAGUUUAAAAUGGCCUGCAAGGAGGAUGUGUUGAAACUUUGCCCCAACAUAAAAAAGAAGGUGGACGUGGUGAUCUGCCUGAGCACCACCGUGCGCAAUGAUACUCUUCAGGAGGCCAAGGAGCACAGGGUGUCCCUGAAGUGCCGCAAGCAGCUGCGGGUGGAGGAGCUAGAGAUGACAGAGGACAUCCGUCUGGAACCAGAUCUGUAUGAAGCUUGCAAGACUGACAUCAAGAACUACUGUUCCACUGUGCAGUAUGGCAAUGCUCAGAUUAUUGAAUGUCUGAAAGAAAACAAGAAGCAGCUAAGUACCCGUUGCCACCAGAAAGUUUUUAAGCUACAGGAGACAGAGAUGAUGGACCCAGAACUAGACUAUACACUCAUGAGAGUCUGCAAGCAGAUGAUAAAGAGGUUCUGUCCAGAAGCAGAUUCCAAAACGAUGUUGCAGUGCUUGAAACAAAAUAAAAACAGUGAAUUGAUGGAUCCCAAAUGCAAACAGAUGAUAACCAAGCGCCAGAUCACCCAGAACACAGAUUACCGCCUAAACCCUGUGUUAAGGAAAGCCUGUAAAGCUGACAUUCCUAAAUUCUGCCAUGGUAUCCUGACUAAGGCCAAGGAUGAUUCAGAGCUAGAAGGUCAAGUCAUCUCUUGCCUCAAGCUGAGAUAUGCUGAUCAGCGGCUUUCUUCAGACUGUGAAGACCAGAUCCGGAUUAUUAUCCAGGAGUCUGCUCUGGAUUACCGACUAGAUCCUCAGCUCCAGCUACACUGCUCAGAUGAGAUCUCCAACCUGUGUGCUGAAGAAGCAGCAGCCCAAGAGCAGACGGGUCAAGUGGAGGAGUGCCUCAAAGUUAACCUGCUCAAAAUCAAGACGGACACUUGUAAGAAGGAAGUGUUAAACAUGCUGAAGGAAAGCAAAGCAGACAUCUUUGUGGACCCAGUCCUUCAUACAGCGUGUGCCCUGGACAUUAAACACCACUGUGCAGCCAUUACCCCUGGCAGAGGGCGUCAAAUGUCCUGCCUCAUGGAGGCCCUGGAGGACAAGCGGGUGAGGUUACAACCCGAGUGCAAAAAACGCCUCAAUGACCGGAUUGAAAUGUGGAGUUAUGCUGCAAAGGUGGCCCCAGCAGAUGGCUUCUCCGACCUCGCCAUGCAAGUGAUGACAUCUCCAUCAAAGAACUACAUUCUCUCUGUGAUCAGUGGGAGCAUCUGUAUAUUGUUCCUGAUUGGCCUGAUGUGUGGACGGAUUACCAAGCGGGUAACACGAGAGCUCAAGGACAGGUAGAGCCACCUUGACCGCCAGAGGAACUACCUGUCCGGUGCCCAGUUUGUACAGCCCUCCUGUAUAGUGUGCCCACUCACCUGGUUCUUCUCACAGGUGGCACCAACACCCAUGUUAGAGCAGCAGCAGGUGUCCUCGGCGUUGUCCCGUCUUCGACUUCGCCUGUGUCCGUGGUGCCCUCCUCCCCCUCCUCCACCUCCACCAUUUGUGCAGCAGCUGCAGCUGGCCGCUUUGGUUAUCGCCUGUGUUGGCAAAUUUGGGUUUACCUGCCCGUAGACAAGUCUCUCUCAUACCAAUGGAACUACCAAUACUUCCAGAACCAACUUACCUGACCUGCAACUCAAAUGAUUUUU